UUUGAGUUGUGUGGUGGGAUCGUAAGAUGGAUCUUCGAUAUUAUGAUGCCACUGGAAGCAAUUAAAAAACUUAUUGAUAGCGCAUCAACGUCAAUCAAUCCAAAACUUAUAGAAUUUCAAGGUCGACCCCUCUUAGAUGAUGAACUUACACACAAAUUAAUUCAUAUACAUACCAACCUCCCAUCCGAUUAUGAGGAAAUGACAGAUCCAUACACAGAUGCCAUCUGUUUCUUUGCAUCGCAAUACGUGGCAGAUAAAUGUUUAGAUAGAUUAAAACAAUAUCAUAAGGAAGCACUUUACACUUUUAUCGAGAGUGCAAAGGACAUGCUGGAAAUGGGAGGUCUCCGUGGACAGCUAUUUAAAACGAUAUCUCAUGCAAUUAUUUGUAAAGGAGGGAGCUUUCGG